AUGUUGGUACGAUCGCUGCAAUUGCUGCGUUCCAGCGGCGUGGUGGACGGUCUGAGACGCCCUCCACUUUUACUUCGGCAUAUGCACAGGAGCGCAACGCCGGUUCAUAAGUCUCUGAUUUUGAGAAGGGAACACGGAAUCUUUGGGCCUCAAGGCUCACGUCCUGAUUUUAGAUACGUCGUGCGCCAAUUUUCCGCUUCCGUAACACGCUUUGAAGCUCAGAAAGCUGCUGAAGAUACUCCAAAAUCUGCGGGAAAGGAAGUCGAGGAAGUCAGCUCCAAGAUGGAUUUCCAAGAAGUAUGGAGGUUAUUCAAAUUGGCUCGACAUGACUGGAAACUGCUGUGUCUUGCCAUCGGACUAUUAACCAUCAGCUCGUCUGUUGGUAUGGCCAUACCGAAAGUCAUUGGUCUGGUCCUGGAUUCUAUCAAAAAUGCGUACGCUGCGGCUUCUGGACCGACCAGCUUGGAUGAUCUACCCCCCAUAGUUGGAAACUUGGGAAUGUACGAAUUUCUUGGGGUUUUUGCCGGAGCUUUAGUCUUAGGAACUGUUGCCAAUUUUGGUAGAAUCGUACUACUCAGGGUAUUGGGUGAGAAAUUGGUCGCUCGACUGCGGUCUAAAGUUAUCAAAAAGAUUCUGCACCAAGACGCAGAAUUUUUCGACCACAACAAAGUAGGUGAUCUAAUUUCAAGAUUGAGUUCGGACGCUUACGUCGUUUCGCGGUCAAUGACGCAGAAUGUUUCCGAUGGUUUCAAAGCGAUCAUUUGUGGUGGUGUUGGUAUCGGUAUGAUGGUUAGUAUUUCCACAUCCUUAACCUCAGCGUUGCUACUAUUCGCUCCUCCACUACUGGUGGGAGCGACAAUAUACGGGAAAAAAAUUAGAGCGAUAUCGAGGGAGCUUCAGGAGUCUACCGGUAACUUGACCAAGGUUUCAGAAGAGCAACUCAAUGGAGUUAAAACUAUUCAGUCUUUUGUGGCCGAGGGAAAGGAGCUUGGUCGCUACAACAGGGCGAUUAGGAAGGUGUUUUCGUUUGGAAAGAAGGAAGCUUUGACCAAUGCCACAUUUUUUAGCUCUACAGGUGUACUUGGCGACUUGAGCUUCCUUAUUGUCUUGGGUUACGGAUCUCAGCUUGUCCUACAAGGUGCCCUAUCGGUUGGUGAUCUAACCGCUUUCAUGCUCUACACGGAAUACACAGGAUCGGCAGUUUUUGGUCUUUCAAAUUUUUACUCUGAACUCAUGAAAGGGGCAGGUGCAGCCUCGAGACUGUUUGAAAUGACAGACCAUGCGUCAAAGAUAAAGCCAACCUCGGGGAAAGCUUUUGUUCCUCGCUCUGGCCAAAUUACAUUUCACGAUGUCUCUUUUGCUUACCCUACGAGGGCGAACAAUCAGAUCUUCAACAACCUCAACUUCACCAUCGAAUCUGGGUCAAAUGUGUGCAUUGUGGGGCCAUCGGGUCGAGGCAAAUCAACGAUUGCCUCUUUGCUGCUUCGCUACUACGACCCCACCAGCGGACAUAUCACUAUUGAUGGACAGGAUAUUUCCAAGGUCAGUUGUAAGUCUCUGAGACGCCAUCUUGGUGUGGUUCAGCAAGAGCCAAUGCUGAUGUCAGGAAGCAUCAAAUACAACCUCACAUAUGGGUUGAAUGGCGAAGCCCCGAUGGAAGAAAUCCGUGCAGCAGCCAAAAAAUGCUUCUGUCAUAACUUCAUAACAAAGUUUCCUGAGGGCUACGACACAGUCAUUGGUCCUAGGGGCGCUUCUUUGAGCGGAGGGCAAAAGCAACGAAUUUCGAUCGCUCGCGCUUUGAUCAAAAAGCCCAAGAUAUUGAUAUUGGAUGAGGCAACGUCCGCUCUUGACGUGGAAAGCGAAGGUGCCAUCAAUUAUACACUGGGUAGAUUGAUGAAGAGCAAGGAAUUAACUAUCAUAAGCAUCGCACAUCGACUCAGUACGAUUAGACGAUCAGAAAAUGUCAUUGUUCUCGGUCACGAUGGAUCAGUUGUAGAAAUGGGCAAGUUCCGCGAGUUGUAUGCAAAUGAGAAAAGUGAGCUUUUCCAGCUGCUGAAUGACAAGAAAAAGAAGAGAGAAACUGCAAGUUCUGCACAAGAUUCGCGUACAUCUGAUGAAGCCGAAGAUGCUGUCGAAAACAACAAAGUAAAUGAUGAAGUGCGCGAACACGUUGCCCACGACUUCACUCUCGAUCAAAAGUCCUCUAAGCUAACACCUUGA